AAAAGUCUAAUUAGUAGUUUAGUACUGGAGAGAAGAAGGGCAUUUUUGUCUUAUCACAAGUCAACUCCGCUUUACCAAUAUUAUCUAAUUAUAUUACGUCCUCUCCAUUGGUAAUCAUUAUCUCUUGAGAAUGAACAGCGAGCAGGAAGAGCUCCAAUUUCUAGGCUUCUUCGGCAUACUGAAAGAAUCCUUGAAGAUCAUCUUCUCAUGGAGAAAAAUCUUCAGCCAAAUAACUCUAGCCUUAAUCGUCCCUCUCUCUUUCAUCUUCCUUGCUCACUUCCAGAUCUCUCAGCUCCUCUUCAUCGACGUCAUCAACGACGAAGACGCCCUUGACCACACCGCCGUCGGCAGUCCUCGAUAUGACAAGCUCUCUGACAUGAUCUCCUCCGAGUGGACUGCCUUCUGGCUCUUCAAAGCAGCGUAUUUCACUUUCUUCCUCAUCCUCUCUCUCCUCUCCACCUCCGCCGUUGUGUACACGGUCGCGUGCAUCUACACCGCCAAGGAAAUCAGUUUCAAGAAAGUCAUGAGCGUGGUGCCUAAGGUGUGGAAGCGACUCAUGGUCACUUUCAUGUGGAGUUUCGCUGUCGUUAUCCUCUACAAUGUUCUCUCCGGAAUUCUGUUUUUGGCUUGGGCCAUAUCCCUCGGCUUUAGCCCGAUCGGGAUUUCAAUUUUCGUGAUUCUCCUGAUCGCGUAUUUCACGGGAUUCGUGUACAUCACGCUCGUCUGGCAUCUAGCGAGCGUGAUCUCGGUUUUAGAAGAUUCGUACGGGAUCAAGGCCAUGGUGAAGAGCAAAGCUCUGAUUAAGGGAAAAAUUUUUGUCGCGGUUGGCAUGUUUCUCCUCCUGUGUACCUGUUUCUUAGGGAUUCAAAUUAUGUUCGAGAGCGGGGUGGUUCUAGCGUGGUCGGUAGGGAUCGAGAUCAGGAUCGCAAUCGGAAUCAUCUGUUUCUUGCUGCUGUUCAAAGUGAUUCUGUUCGGGCUAGUGGUGCAGACGGUAAUUUACUUCGUUUGCAAAUCGUAUCACCACGAGAACAUUGACAAAUCGGUGCUGGCGGAUCAUCUGGAGGUGUAUCUUGGGGAUUACGUUCCUCUCAAACCCAAAGAUGUUCAACUGGAGCAGUUUCAUGUGUAGCUCAAGUUGCUCAACUGCUUUGCCUUUACUUAAUGUAUAAGUAUUUUAUAAAAAAAGAAAAAAAAAAAGAAAAAGAAAAAGAAAUACCUUAACGUAUAAGUUGUUUUGACUUUUGAAAUGGAAGAUUUGGCUGACUUAGGCCGUAAUUCUUCCAUUUGUAAAACAUGUGCGGCGGGCAUGUUCUAUUGUUAUGGUUAUACAAUUUUUUUAAUAUUGUUAUUAAAAAUAUUAAUUUUAU